AUGACCCCUCUGGAGCUGCGCGCGUCCUUGAGACGGAUCCGAAAAUGCUCAGAGCGUCGCAGACUGCUCUGGCAGCUUCUAUACCCGCGCCCGUGGCGCUUCCAGGCGAAGCCACUUCCGCCCACCCACGAUGUGCUCACGGCGAACGCGGAGGCAGCGGGCCCUGUACCCAGCGCGUCCCGAGUGCAACGCAACAUCCUGCAGCUCCAUUUCGUUCCUCUGUUCCGCGUCCGCGACACGCCACUCUGCUCGCUCUACCGGCUCUAUGAAGAUUUAUGUAGCGGCAGCGUCAUCCUCAUGGGCUACGAGUCCACGUACUUCUUCCACCACGACGAGGCAUCGUGGCGACUGUCCCAGAUUGCAGACCCCAAGGACGCGGAUAUUGUUCGAUACGCUGUGCUGGCAAGUUUCGUCGAAGCGCUCGUCGCCGCGUUCAAUUGGAAGAUUGAGCAAGGGCUGCGACGAAAUGGCACCCAUGCCUCGGAAAUUUCUGAUAAUGAUGAUUACCAGUCCUUCCUCGAAACACCUCCUAGCUGGACGAGUAGGGUUAAGCCUCUGGCGCAAACGCUCGACCUGCGGCCCCCAAAUAGCAAGGACGGGGUGAAUGCAGUUUUCCAAACGAGAAACAUUGAGGCGCCGAUGGGAUAUCUGUAUAGUGUUUAA